GGACACGGAAAUCAUUUAAAUGUAUAUCGUUUAAGUUGUAUAUUUAUUACAUACAACAUGCAGGUCGGCCUUCGUCUGCGGCAGCUUAGCCCUCCUGGCUUCAUAGCUUUGAUUGCAAUUCAAGAAAAUAAAAUCCGGCACGAACCUUACAUAAUCAAAACGCCCGAAGGCAAGUUGCGGGCUAAGCUAACAGUGGACAGGUUAGCGCUCUAUGCUACGCGGGAGAAGAAAAUGAAGCCGGCAGACGUGAUCAUGUUGGCAACAAAGAGAGAUAUAAUUUCUGAAGCGGCUUAUGGUGCCACUGUGCCUGACCAUUUAGGAAUGGCGUAUAUAGGAGGUGCUUGCGGCCUCAAUAAAAUUGCCGUAUUUGAGGACGAGCCAUUCACAUAUUCUGGACUACAUACCGCUUCCCAUGAAUUGGGACAUCUGUAA